AUGUCUCUAACAUACGAGCAAUACAAUGCGGUUGAUAUCACAGAGAGAGUUACGUCAGCCGUUUCUAUCGUUGGUAAUCUAUUCAUAGUUCUCACAUACUUUUUUUGUUCAUCCUUCGACAAACCAAUCAAUCGACUCAUUUUCUUCGCAUCAUGGGGAAAUAUUGGUUCGAGUAUCUCGUGCCUGAUAUCUGAGCUUGGCCGGGCAUCAUUGAUGGAAGAAGCAAAAUUCGAUGCCUCCGGAAUAUGUCAGGUCCAAGGUUUUUUGGUGCAGAUGUUCCGUGGAGUUGAUUGUUACUGGGCGUUCUUCAUGGCCAUCAACGUAUACCUCAUUUUCUUCAAAGGAUAUACCACACAUCAAUUAAGAAAGUUGGAUAUUUGGUACUUGGUUGCAUGCUAUGGGCUUUCCUUCAUACCCGCUUUUGUAUUCUUAUUUGUAUCGACAAAAUCGCGAGGUCGUAUUUACGGAUCAGCUAUUGUUUGGUGCUGGAUUAGCAAGGAUUGGGAUUGGAUACGGUUGGUUUUCUUAUAUGUUAUUGUCUGGAUUACUAUCCUCUUCGCUUUCAUUGUAUACGUUAUGGCCGCCAAAGUAAUCUGGUCCAAACGUGAACAUCUAAGCGGCUUCCUCAACCCCAUGAACGAGAACCCAUUCGCAAAUACCAUCACGACUGAAAUCGAAAUCACCUACGAAGAACGAUCCAUCGUCAAAGAUGCCGGCGAUCAAGGCAUUUCUGAAAGCGUAUUGCACUCGGAUCAAUAUGAAGUAGAUAUCCAAGCGACACCUCAACAAAAACAACAAGAAUCCCAGGUGUAUCAGAUGCGAAAAAUGAGAAGUUUGACCAGGGAGGUUGCGGAGUCUGGAACGAAUCCCGAGGCUUGGCUGUAUGCACGAGUGGCUAUCCUUUUCUUUCUUGCUAUGAUUAUUACUUGGGUUCCCGCGAGCAUCAAUAGAAUUUGGCAAAUGGCGGAUCCUUCGACGGUUAAUUUCCCGUUAAACUACAUUGAAUCAUUAAUGUUGUCGCUACAGGGUGUUUGGAACGUGAUUGUGUAUAUCAUCACAUCUCAGACGGCUUGUCGAAGGUUGGCAUAUCGACUGUUUUCAAGAAGUUCGAGGACUAAGACGAGGUUGCCCAGCGGGAGUCCCGAGAGGUAUCCAUCAGGUGGAAAGCAAAGGCUUGAGAGCGUUGCUAGUAAAUGA